GUGGGCCUGCCGCCUGCAGGCGCUGACGCUGGCACCAGCAACGCUGCUGCAGGUGAGCCGACUGUGCCUGACGCGGGAAGGGGGGGACAGGUUUUGUGGGCUUGGUGUGCCCGUUUCAUUGCAGCACUGGGCUUGAGUGCGUGGACGCUCGGUUAGUCACGUAGCCUGCCUUGAGCGUCAGCCAUUACCACCCCCCAUCGUCGCUGCUUACGCGCCCCUUCCGAAACUGCUAGGCCCGCCCAUGCACCGUACUAACGUUUCCACAGGUGUUGUGAUGGAGGGUUUAGGCGGAGUUGGGCCCUACAGUACAAAAAGCACCAGCCAGGCCCCCACUCUCAGCCUCGUCAGGUCUCACAUUCCUGGACAGCAACCAACUCUCAGGCCGCAGGCCACCACGAAUGGAGAGCGGGGAAGGGGGGACUUCGCCAGAAUGCCCAUUUACAGCGCUAGCGCCAACAUGUUGGCUUGUCCCUCCGCAGGCGGGCAACAUGCAUAGUGAUAACACUCGGCAGUUACACGCCCCAGCCCGUUGGGCCUGCGAUUGCGCAGCCCUGUGGGACAGCACACACUUUCUCUACCGUAAAGGGGCGGUUCAGUGUUCUGCAUGACAUACAACCUCUUGCUGCUUGAGGGGUGUGACUUAUGGCUUGAUUCAGCUUGAAGUUGCUUCGUCACUUUGCUGCUCUGCACCCCUUCGUUCCUGCCUCCUUUCGUUGCGUUGUGAUCCUGCAUGCAUUGCAACUGGGCGACAUCGGCUGGUUGUUUUAUGUGUAUGCGCCUUGUGGGCACGACGGGCUAUCCUUGUGCAGGCCCGCCAGCUUGCAAGCUGCAGCUCCGGCAAGACUCGCAGAACCAGGACCUGUUCUUCUUUGAGCCCAUGGACACCGUCAGCGCUGCAGCUGCCGCAAGUGCUGGCGUGAGCAGCAGGUUCUUCCUGGACCCCGAGGGCAGGCAGAUAGAUGAGCUGCAGGAUUGGCUGGGCCUCGCCGAGGACAUGCACCGUGAGGGCAGACCCAUCCCGCCGCUGUUCAUCAACGGUCUGGUCAAGAGUGGCAAGUCCUACAUGCUCAACGAGGUUCUGCCUGCUGUGGCCAACACCUACUACAGCAGCGGCGGCACGGUGCUUUCCAAGGCCAACUUCCUGCGCGUGGACUGCUUGGGCUGCACCCGCACCAGCGGCAACGGUGGCUUCCUUAAGGACUUUCUCGGUAAACUCAAUCAGAGUGCUGCUGACCAGCAGCUCUCUGCUGCUGCCUGCACGCCCUUACCCAGCGACCAAUCCGCGGGCGCCAUGGCGCGCGCCAUUCAGGACUUCAUGCGGCGCCUGCCACGGGACCGUCUGAACUUCCUGCUUAUCGACGAGGCGCAGAGCUUCUACCUGAUUGCGCGGCACGUGUCGGACGACUUUCCGCCGCGCGGCUCAACCCUGGACGUGAACGCGGUGCUGGACAUGCGGCGCAUCCUCAAGGAACUCCUGCUGGGCAGCCCCCACUGGGUCGCCUGGGCCGUCACGGGCAGCUCCAUGGCGACGCUAUGGGCCAACGUUGCUGCCACCCCGACCAACGGUUUCGCCCUGAUCAUGGACAACUUCCUACUCAACCUGAGCCCCACGGUGUCCAAGGGUGUGCUGCAAGUCGCCUGGGAGCAGCUCAAGGCCCAGGCCGCGAGCUGGGAUCCGGCACUGCCAAGCGACCUGGUCUGGCGGUCGCCGCCGCAGAUCGCCAUGCUCGCCUACUUGUGCCAGGAGUGGAGGUACAUCCGCACGGCUAACACAGCUGCGGAGCUGGUCAAGCAAACCAUGACGCGAAAGCUCAUUCCCGAGGUGCUGGCGGACCUGCGCAUGGUGCUGCAAGUGCUGGGCCAGCCUACUUCACAGGUGCUGCUCCUGCGCGAGCUGCUGGACCCGAUGGCUGGAGUGGAGCCCGCCAAGCUCCCGCUGGCGUUCGAGGCGCUGCUGGGCAGCUUCGCCACCGAGCGUAACGGCAGGCUGUACCUGGAUAACCCGCUGCUCGCUCAGGUGCUGCAGGCGGCCACCACGGAGUCCGGAGAGCUGUUGGACUCCAUCACCGCCAUCCCGUCGCUCAGCUCCACGAUGUUCAGGGAGCUGGCUGCGCUCGGCGAGUGCUGCAAGGACAAGGACUUCGACAGCUACGAGGACCUGCGCAGCCUCCUGGAAGACAUGGCAUCUGCGCUGGCGCUUACGCCGGACGGGCUGCUGAAGGCGGACUGGUACAUCCAGGUCCGGGACCACCGCUGCAACAGCCAAAGCAGCAAGAAGGUUGGGCUUCGCUGGUUCCACGUGAGGCUGCGCAACAUCCUCAGCCACGCCCCCAUCCCGGAGCAGCAGGAGGUCCUGCAGACCUACCCGUCAGAGCUGGCCGCAUUCCACAGCAGUGGUCGCAUCAGCACGGUGCUGACCAAGACGUACGAAAGCGCGGUGCUGACCAAGACGUACGAAAGCCCGAAGCCCAGGCGCAGCAAGGCCCGGGGUGCACCGGCCGCAGC